GUUGCGUGCUCGGGUGGCGUGUGGUCGAUUUCAUUGGGAAAAAAUGGCUCAAAAUCAAGAGCAGCUGUACUCGCAGCUAUUGGUUCGUCUUCGGUCACAUUCCUACAAAGAUGUCAUAGACGCGUUGUCCGACAUCCGGGCGCUGCUGCAACACAAGUCCCCUGUGGAACUGGCCACAAGUCUCAGGGUCGUCGGAAUCACAAAAAUUUUAAUCAAGAUUAUUCAAAAGAAGUACAGCAGAAUCAUGGGUCUUGCCCUGAGCAUUUUGAGCACCUGUGCGUUGGAGUUGGAGACAAGAAUUUUGCUUCUGAGGACUGGAGUUCCAAAGCUGUUGAUGAAAAUUAAAGAUGAAAUUUCAAGUGAAUCAGUCCAUUGCAGAGUGUGUCGUUUCAUCGGGAAUCUCGGCUCUCUGCCUGCUGCCUCCAUGGAAUUUCAUGCUUUUGGAGCUGUGCCCUUUUUAAUGAAAAUCAUUGACGGCGGUGAAAGCAAUAAGAACUCAGCCGAAACCAAGCAAAUGGCCAUCAGAGCGUUGAGAGUGCUUGGAGACACCAGAGAGCAUAGAGCUGAGCUUCUAAGGCAGGAAGUUGCCAAGCAAAUUGCAGAACACCUGGUUUCCGACGACGAGCAGCUGAUUCGAUGCACUUUGAAGACUUUGAAUGCAUUUUGUGCAACCACUGAUGGUGCUCUGCAAGUUAUGUCCUCACGUUCGGGACAAGGAUUUGAGAAUUUGGUGCGCAUAGCCAAGUCUGGUCCUCACUCCGAGCAUGCCAUAUCGUGCAUUUGCAAUAUGGCAAAUGUCGAAGCGGUUCGACCCGAUUUGGGAAAGGUCGGUGCAAUCUCUGUUAUAUUUGACGAGUUGAAAAAAAAUGGAUCCAAAUCAGAACCGAGAGCACUCAUCACCGCCCUUGACCAUUUUUGCCACGAAUGCGUCAACCGAAUCCGAAUCAAAGACAACAACCAUUUUCCCGACUUGUUGGACCUUUUCCGAAGCACCAAGUUUAUUCACCUUCACGACAUAAUCCUCAGAGCCAUGGGACGUUACUUGUAUGACGAAAAGUGUCUCAUGUUGAUGGUGGAAAAUGGUCUUGUCAAGGUGCUGGUGUGCAAAGUGCGGCAGUACAUCCGGACACUCGCCCCAGUCAUUCACUGCUUCCGGCCCGAGCAAAUCGUUGUUGUCGACAGUGACUCGGACAUUGAAAAGUCACCGAUGCAGUCGCCCAGUCCAAGCCAGUCACCCAACUACUAUGGUCCUUCUAGUCCCUCAACAAGCUCCUUCCGCUUCUCACCCCUGCGGAGUCCCUCCGAGCCGAGCAUCAGUGGAUGGAGCCCUGCAUACAGUUCAUCGUCUCUUGCUGAUAAUGAGAAUGAAACUUAUUCUCCAGUUUAUGAUGAAAAUAGCGAUGACGAGGAAGACGAAUAUUUGGCACUCCUAGGCUCAGACGACGAGGAUAGUACCUCAGUUGAAAGGAGUCGAGUAGAGUCUCGACAUCCGUACAUAACCAGUAUUUUCAAAAUGCUCCACCGUAUAUCCAUGUACGAUUGGUCCAUUCCCGAACUAGUUUCUCCAAGGCUAGUGAACACGAUGAUGGCCUACUUAAUUGUUGGAGAAAUGUAUUCUCCGGAAGUAUCGUCGACCUUGUGCAAUAUUGUCAGGAGACAAGAGUUCCUCCUUCCGCUAAUUCGUCAGAGAUUUUCAAUUCUGGUGUACAACAAACUAGGAGUCUGGAAACACAACGGAGACUGCAAUAUCUGCCGCAAAAAAGAAUCGACGGCAAAGAAAAUUUUAUCAGAAAUGGUUACCAUGACCGACUCAUUAUGCUCAAGAGGAGAGUUGUCCUACCUUCUCCAGAAAGGCUCGCACAGUGAGAAAAUCUGCGUCGCGCUAUCCAUUCCAUACAUCAUAAGGUCUGUGAAUAACUUCCAAGAGCUUCUCUUCAGUAAAGAGCAAGAGGGACUUUCUCUGAUUCUGGACCUCAUCAACGACCCGACAGAAAUGUCCGCAGCCAUUCAGUCGCUCUCCGUUCUGUCAAAAAUCUUCCAGCUCAAACCCACCUCACCUGCCCCAGUGCAAACCACAAUGCUCCUUUUCGACAGCUACACUCCACAACCAACUCAGCCAACUAACAUCGUCACCUUUAAAUUGGACGACGACUCUCUUGUCAAGGCUGACAAAGACGCACUGGGCGACGCUUCCGAGUAUUUCACCUCCAUGUUUUGUGGUGGUUUCAGAGAGUCCAGGGAAAAUGUUGUGCGGCUCAAAGAGACCAGCAAAGCGAGUUUGAUUUUGCUCCUCCUCUACUCGAAAAGCUAUGUCAGCGACUGCGAGUUGACCGUCACCAAGCCCGAGGUCACCGACGUUCUCGAUCUGCUGAUAAUCGCCAACAAGUUUCUCAUCUUGGAUCUCAGCAGCAAACUGAGAGACUAUCUGAAGAUUAAUUACUACAACGCUGAAGACUUGGCACCCAUAAUUUUGUGGUGCCAUGAGAAGAUAGACCUGAACUUGGAGGACGAGGUCGAAGGGAUUUAUAAUGAUGCCUGUGCCUUCCUGUUAUCCGCGAAAAUCAACUUGCAGCAGCGCAUACAAGUUUUCAAGGCGAUUCUCAGAAAUCAGCCCUUGUGGGAAAGACUGCGGGAUAGCAUUUACACUACGCUGUGGACCACCCUGAAAACUAAAUUCCAACCUGAUAUACCUCUGCAAUUGUUCAUUAAUUGAGUAAAGAGCGCCAAUUUAAGUCAUUUUUUGACUUUUUGAUAUAUAAAUUUCUGGUUUUUCUUCUCUGUAAAUUUGCUACACAAAAUAUUCUGAACUGCUCGCUUAUAAUUUUAUUAUUUCUUUUGAA